UUUUCUUUCUCUUUUUUUUCUACUUUUACUUUUUGUGUGUGUAUUGGAAAAUGUCAAGCCCUUUACCAGUAAACGCCAAAAAAAGGAACGGUGGUGAUGAUAUAGACGAUCAUGUUGGUUCCUUUGACCGUGCAGAAUCUAUAGCUAAACUUGGUUCAUCUGUACCCUUUGGUACUUCCCCAGCGAGAAGCAUACGGUCACAUAGAACCUAUGGUAGUACGCAUCCUCAUGAUCCAUCUAGACCUCAUUCUCCUUAUGGAGACACUCUGACGGUAGACAUGCCUGAUGAAGAAGUGGCCAGAGCUGUCAGACGUCAUUUGGUAUCCACAUCGCCUUCUGGCUCACAUCUUCGUCCACCUUCAGCUCAUCCUAGUGUCCAUAGCGAAGAUGACGAAGCACACAGCAUACACAAGCUCCCAGGUGGGGCGAUCACACAUGAUAUCUAUAAAUGGACAGAAUCGGUCGAACAGGAACAACUCGCUCGUAAGAAACGGUCUCAAUCGAUGAUGGUCGUCCCUCACCAGCCGUCAGACCCUGCUCUGGCCAAUCUCAAAGACCCCGGAGGAUUCCGCCGUCAUUUUGUGUUUAGAAAGGCGGCCAAGAAGGGUAAAAAGCCGCCAAUGUGGGUAACGAGCUCAUUUGUCGAUUUCCUGGCCCUGUAUGGUCACUUUGGUGGUGAGGAUUUAAGUGAUGAAGAAGGUUUAGAUAGCGAUGAAGAGGAGGAGAGAAGAAAUCGAUGGCAGGGUCGUGUCGAAGAAGAAGAAGAGAUGGAUGAAAGCACGAGAUUACUGAAGCAGGCACGAGCAAAUGCAGUACAAGGAACCGCAACCCCAGCUAAGGCUGUCUUUUUACUUCUCAAGUCCUUUAUUGGUACAGGCGUCAUGUUUUUACCCAAAGCAUAUUUUAACGGUGGCUUGGUCUUCUCGACUGUUUUCCUAUCAUUUAUUGCAGCCAUCACACUCUAUUGCUUCUUACUUUUGGUAGAGACACGUAACAAGAUACCUGCCUCCUUUGGCGAUAUCGGAGGUAUCCUGUUUGGUAAUUCCAUGCGAAUGCUUGUCUUGGUAGCCAUUACUACAUCUCAGAUCGGCUUUGUUUGUGCCUAUAUGGUAUUUGUAGCACAAAGUAUACAGGCAAUGGUUCAAGCUAUUACACACUGUGAAACAACCAUCCCUCUCCAACAUCUCAUUCUGGGUCAGGUUGCAAUCUAUGUGCCCUUGGCUAUGAUCAGAAAGAUUCAAAAAUUGUCAUUCACAGCAUUGAUUGCAGACGCCUUCAUAUUGAUAGGUUUGGUGUAUCUGUAUUAUUAUGAUACUUUUACCUUAGCCCUCAAGGGCGUUGGCAAUGUCGAAUGGAUCAUCAAUCCUUCAUCUUUUCCAAUGUUUAUUGGUACAGCCGUGUUUACUUUUGAAGGCGUUGGUUUAAUCAUUCCUAUUACUGAAUCUAUGAAAGACCCAAAAAAAUUCCCCAAGGUCUUGUCUUGGACUAUGCUAUUCAUUACCGCCUUAUUCAUAUCUGUCGGCUUACUCUCCUAUCUGGCCUUUGGCGACAAGGUACAGACAGUCAUCUUGCUAAAUCUACCAGUGACUCCGACUGUGAAUGCGAUUCAAGGUCUAUACGCCAUUGCCAUCUGUCUUUCCAUUCCCUUACAGCUCUUCCCUGCCAUUCGUAUUGUCGAAACGGGACUCUUUUCCAAGUCUGGUAAAUACAACCCAAUUGUAAAGUGGCAAAAAAAUAUGUUGAGAUUUGCUACUGUCUUACUUUGUGCUGCUAUUGCGAUUGCUGGUUCUGGAGAUCUUGACAAGUUUGUAUCCUUGAUCGGAUCAGUAUUUUGUAUUCCACUCUGCUUCUUGUUCCCACCUCUGUUCCACUACAAGGCGGUGGCUAAAUCUUGGGCGAGUAAGGCUGUGGAUAUGAUUAUUAUUGCAUUUGGUGUAGCUUGUAUGCUUUACACUUCUUAUAUAACAAUUGGACUAUGGACAGCAGAAAGUGAGCCCACAGCUCCUAUUUCUCGUUGUUAACCAAACUGAAUUUUUGUUAUAAAAUAUACCUUUUUUUACAUAUAUGUCAUAUCCAAACAUAAUUCACGCUUAUUAAAACUAAG